AGCGAACCGCAAGGGGACCACGACACCAACUUCGCAUCUGCACCUCGACCGCACCUUUUCCAGCCGAUUGCAACACCAGAGAUUGUUGCUGACAACCGCUAUUCUCGUGCGAAGCUCUUGCACAAUCCACACCCAUUUCCUGCGCAUCCAGAGGCUCUACCCUGUUCCACGUACCCUUCGAAGCGUAGCGUCAGCUAGAGGCAAGCCAGCAUCAUGUCUUCUCACCCAUCCAUCAACGCGGUUCGUCGAAAGAAGAAUGUCAAGAAAGGAAUUCAGUUCUGCUUGAUGGUUUGCGGUGCAUCAGGCACAGGUCGGACCACAUUCGUCAACACCCUAUGUGGCCAGAAGGUGCUUGAGCACAAAGACUCCGAUGACCCAACCACUGCGCACAUCGAGGAAGGUGUCAAGAUUAAGCCAAUUACUGUUGAGCUCGAUGAGGAGGGAACCCGCAUAUCGUUGACCAUUGUUGACACCCCUGGCUUUGGCGACCAAAUUGAUAAUGAGGCCAGCUUCUCGGAAAUCGUAGGCUACCUCGAGAGACAGUACGACGACAUUCUCGCGGAGGAAUCCCGAAUCAAGCGAAACCCCCGCUUCAGAGACAACCGUGUGCAUGUCUUGCUUUACUUCAUUACACCCACUGGCCACGGGCUGCGCGAGCUGGACAUCGAGCUUAUGAAACGCCUUUCUCCUCGUGUCAACGUCAUUCCUGUCAUCGGCAAGGCGGACUCGCUUACACCUGCAGAAUUGGCAGAGUCCAAGAAGCUUGUCAUGGAGGACAUUGAGCACUAUCGUAUCCCUGUCUACAACUUCCCUUAUGACAUUGAGGAGGAUGAUGAAGAUACCGUUGAAGAAAAUGCCGAGCUUCGUGGCCUCAUGCCAUUCGCUAUCGUCGGAUCGGAGGAGGUGGUCGAGGUUAACGGCCGACGAGUUCGCGCUAGACAGUACCCCUGGGGCAUUGUCGAGGUCGACAAUCCUCGUCACUCCGACUUCCUUGCCGUUCGCAGUGCACUUCUGCACUCUCACCUUGCCGAUCUCAAGGAAAUCACGCACGACUUCCUGUAUGAGAACUACCGUACCGAGAAGCUCAGCAAGAGCGUCGAGGGUGGCGCUGGAAUUGAUUCCUCCAUGAAUCCUGAGGAUCUUGCCUCACAGUCCGUCCGCUUGAAGGAAGAGCAACUUCGUCGCGAGGAAGAGAAGCUUCGCGAGAUCGAGGUCAAGGUACAGAGGGAGAUCAAUGAGAAGAGACAGGAGCUUUUGGCCCGCGAGUCGCAGCUCAAGGAGAUCGAGGCACGCAUGCACCGUGAGCAGAAUGCCGCCCUUGCAGCAGAUGACGACCGCGAGUAAGCAGCUAAGCCAUCUGUCGAGUUUUUAUUUUCAUACGCGAGCAAAAUGUCAUUGAUUAUUGGCUUGAGUUGCAGAUGCGGGUCUUACAUUACCGUGAUUGCGGCCCGCUGUAUGAGGGAAAAAGGAAAGGGGAGUAAUCAUCUAUUCUUUACACUAGCUAGGCGAUAUGGAGUGUGUGCUGCAAGAGUGGCCUAACAACUGGCAAGGUUUUGGCCUUGAUGGUUUGAGCUGCAUUGCGCUGGGGGUCCAAUUGAAGAUUGAUUUCGUAUGUGUACGCAAGAACACCUUACAUUUUUAAUUCUAGGCUUGAUCUCGUGCUCUUGGUGCAUUAUCUACCACGAGGAAAUACAGAGUGUCCCUCGGCG